UAUAUCAGUCUAUGUGCAAUAUGCUCGUUAGGGCUAAAAAUCGAUUUUAGUUCUCUGCAUAUUAUUAGCUCACAAAUUCUGCAAACUCCGUUAAUCUCACCGGAAACCACCUUGUCACCGCCCUCGUACGGCAGCGUUCAACCUCCACUCUCGAAAUCAUUUGUUCUUGUUCUAGGGUUUCUAUUGGUUAAUUUUCGAUCUUAACGAUGUCGGUUACUGCGGGGGUUAGCGAUACUGUUAUAGCAAUUAGGGAUAAGCUUAGAGGUAAAAUAGGGCAGACAAAAGUGAAAAGAUAUUGGCCUGGUAAAGCUCCGGAGUGGGCGGAUGAUGGCGAUGAAGACGGUGACAUCCGAGUGGCUCGGUCAGCUGCUUUGGAAAAGGCGUUUCCGAGCAGGGAGGAUAAUGAUAUCAUGAAAAGAGAUGAUCCUAGGUUACGUCGGUUAGCUGAGAAUCGGUUGGAUAAUAAGGAGGAAAUUCGAGCGGAUCAUCGGAGGAUAAGACAAGCGGAGAUUAUUUCAACGGAGGAAGAAGAACAGCGGAGGCAAGAACGGUUGGAGUUUGAGGAGGAUGAUGAGGACGCGUUGGAUGAACGAAGAAGGAGAAUUAGGGAAAAGUUGCUGCAGAGGGAGCAAGAGGAAGCUGCGAUGAUUCCGGAGGAAGAAGAGGAGGAUGAGGAUGAGGACGAGGAGGAAUCAUCGGAGUACGAAACGGAUUCGGAGGAAGAGCAGAUGGGUAUGGCUAUGGUGAAGCCAGUGUUCGUACCGAAAUCGGAAAGAGAUACGAUUGCGGAGCGGGAGAAGAUUGAAGCUGAAGAACAUGCGAUCGAGGAGUUGAUGAAGAGAAGAGCGGAGGAGAGGAAGGUCGAGACGAAGCAGAUAGUUGUCGAGGAGAUACGUAAAGAUAUGCAAAUACAGAAGAAUCUGGAAGCAGAGGCUGAUAUUGCUGACGUGGAAACGGAUGACGAGUUAAACGAGGCGGAGGAAUAUGAAGCUUGGAAGGCUCGUGAGAUUGCGAGAAUUAAACGGGACCGCGAUGACCGCGAUGCGAUGGUGAAAGAACGAGAAGAGAUUGAACGGGUUAGAAAUAUGACAGAAGAAGAGCGGAGAGAGUGGGAGAGAAAGAACCCGAAACCUUCUUCUGCACCGAAACAAAAAUGGCGGUUUAUGCAGAAAUAUUAUCACAAGGGUGCGUUCUUUCAAGAUGAUCCUGAUGAUAAAUCUGGAACUGUCGGUGCUGACGGUAUUUUCCGACGUGAUUACUCUGCACCGACCGGAGAAGACAAAAUGGACAAGUCGAUUUUGCCGAAAGUUAUGCAGGUUAAGCACUUUGGUCGCAGUGGAAGAACAAAAUGGACUCAUCUUGUUAAUGAAGAUACCACUGACUGGAAUAACCCGUGGACAAACAAUGAUCCACUUCGGGCAAAAUACAACACUAAAAUGGCGGGCAUGAAUAUGCCCAUUGCGAAGCCCAAAGGAAAAAAGUUCAAGGACUGGGAAUCUCGUUAAUUAAUGGAACCUUUGGUUGAGGUGGAGAUGAAGUCGAAUCACAAACUUGAAAACAGAGAACACUCAGAAAUGCAUCCGAUGGUCUCUGCACGUUAUGUUUUUAUAAUGACAAAGUUAUACUCGAAUGUUAUUGAUGUGGUUACUGAUUUUACAACGUUUACGGAAUAUUUGGCUACAAUUGUUUAAGUGUUCUUUAUAGUAGUUGUUUCAUUCGGGUCGAACAUCAAGUUGGAACAGAAUUGAACAAAACUGAGCCGGAAUUCAAAAGUAAUGGAAAAAUGAACGGUUAUUGUUUUCGUU